GUGCUCCCAGUUCUAAUAAUUCCAAGCAACAUCUAAACACCACAAUAAACUAAAUAGAUCAUCUGCUGUCUUAAGUGUCUCACUACAAAGGCAGGGUUUUCAGAUCUCCAAUUCUUGUAGCUCUUUUCAGAACUCUCCCCAGUUGUCUGCCCUUUGCCAGUUAUUAUUCCUAUUUGCUUCUGUAUUUGCUUUGCUUUCCUUCUUUUCUGCACAUCUCAGUAACAUUACCAGUUUCCCUUCAUUUUCCAUGGGUGAAACUCAUCCCUGUACAGGGGGCCAGCACUGCCCAGUCUCACUUAAGUUCUUGGGUUUAAAUCGGUUUGGGUCCCUGGAUGGACAUACACCUAUUUACGGCUGCUGAGGAUCUGGCCCAGCAAUGUGUUGUGUCUGAAUAGUACUGGGUCUGAUCCUCAGCUGUGACAUUCCUGCUGCCUGUUACACAAUUCUGGUUGACACCAAGCAAGUAUUCAUGACAUUUCACUGGGAGAAUAAGGCUGAUUUCCCAAAUAAAAGAAACUGUUUCGAUAGCUAUGCUGUGUUAUGUUCUUUUCACAGCUUACUCACUCAAUUGCCAUGUGUGCAACACCACAACUGCGAACACCUGCACGAAUCCCAUCAAUUGCUCAACAGCUGAUCGUUACUGCACAACAUUUAUUAGAACCCACGCCUUGCAGUGUUACACAUGCCUGGAGCCGAUGAGCGCCCCCCUCUGCGUGACCAUCAGCAACUGCUCCACGGAUGACAUUGUGUGCAAGACAGUAAUGUACUCCCGAGAGGAAGUUUACCCCUUCGUGGGCGACUCAACCGUCGUCAAGUCUUGUGCUCAGAAAUGCAUCCCGUCUGACGUGGAUGAAAUCGGGAGCUCUCGCCCCACCUUCUGCUGUAACUCUGACUUGUGCAACCUGGAUGGGGCAGUCAGCAUACAAAUCAGCUACAUGGUGAUGGGGAUUUCAGCCAGUUUCCUCUGUGUCCUCCUCAGAACUGGGCUGUGAGGAGUCAGGCAGGUGAAGCCUUUACUCCCGAAGCACCACCCAACAAGAGUCAAGCCCCUCUUGGCUGCGCUUGCCAUCUGCAUUCCGAAUGGGUGGCCUUGGACACUUGUAGGAAGCUGCUUCUUCACUUUCUUAGACACACUGGCCUCUUGGAAAGAUGUUAUCUCUGCAUUCCUGUCCCUGUCAAUAAACGGACCUCGCUCAGGAAUGCCCAGUCGGACAAUCUCUCUACCAGCUCCUUGCUAAAUUAAAUUCAAAGCUAAUCUGUACUGGAAUGUCUUUGUGUCAAUUACUUGUGGAAAAUUCCAUGGCACACCCAGUUACUCAAGGCCGAACUAUUUGAAUUAAGUACAUGACCAUUGUGACCAACACCCCUAGCAAAUGGCUAUUUCACACGCCCCUAUUCUACAGACAUCAUUGCUAAACAACCAGUUUGGGGUGAAAUUCACCUGAAUGCAGUGAGCCAGUGCAACCCCUUGGCACUGUAGCUUUUGUGCUGGCCCUUUACACAGGGUAAAUUUCAUUCUCAGUGCAUGAUGAGUAAGGGGUCUUUGGCCUAGCUCUGAAGGCCAUGG